ACAGGCAAUAUCAAGGCCACCGAGGUGAGUAUAAAUAGUUGAUCUUGGUAGGGUGCAGUGGUUUCUUUUUAAAUGAGAAGAACGGGACGGAGUGAUAAUUGUUAUACAACAUGGAACUAUCGGGAAGGCUUCAGGAAGGUCAAGGAUUUACAUUGUCUGAAUGAAAAUCUCUGGCUCCUAUAAAGGACGAUUAUAAGGACUUUCUCUCGAUUAAGAAUACAGGACAUACUUAAAAUGGAUGUACAGUAUUUGUUCCAACAUACAUACACGACAUGGUAGAAUAUGAUGUUUUGCCGGAAGAUUUUUUGUUGAGAUUGUUUCCACGAAAUCUGUCUUAUUCGGAGGAAAGUUAUCUGGAUAAUUUCUCUACCUGUGCCGCGUAUGUGAAAGUACCGAAACAAAACAAAAGAGUUGGCUACUCCGAACAGACACUUAAGAACCAGGAUUUUGACUUUCUGGACCAGGAGUGUCCGGACAUAGACACGGAUCUUGUAGAAAUAAGGAAGUCGCACGGUAUGGAGGCGGAAGGCACUUCCGUCGACCCGGAAUACCCCGGGAUGUCGAAGGAGAAUAACUCGGAGGUAGGGUCGGAGGAGGGGAUCUUCGUAAACAUGAUGGACGAUCUGGAGCUUGUCGGCAGCCAGACUACCAUGGAGUCCCCGUUGAGCAACGCGUCGGCGGAAAGUGACCCCAGUUACUUCUCCUUGGAUUCUGUGGGUUCCCCCGACGAGAGUGGGCAAAUGAAUUCUGUGGAUCAAGAAUGUCUUUCAAAAGCAGUAACUAGGGAACUUCAAAGAAGUGAGUUGCGGAAAUCUGUGCCGGAUAAUUCUAUUGAGACUCAGUCGGAUGAUUCAAGGUCAGUUGAAGUAUCAGAAAGAUCAGCGAAUGUCGUCGAGUCGAACUCAGCGAAGUUAAAGCUGGAUACGAAACUGGCGAACACCGGCGCGGAAGCUUCACACAAGUACCUGAUGGUUCUGCCCGAUAGUCCCCUGUACGACGAACCUGAGUUUAACAUUAAUAAAGCUGAGCUCAGAAAGUCCUCUUCUCUUAAAUCAACCAAAACCCCACCUGGAACACCUUCCCGUAAGAAAAUAGUACGUUUUGCGGACGCCAUGGGCCUUGAUCUAGAGUCCGUCCGUCACGUGCUGGAUGCCGAAAACCCGCCCCGGAUACCAAGCUCCGCUAUCAAAGACUUGAAAGUUGGCGUGGAAUUGGAUCGGAGGGUGGUCGGUAGCCGCCAUCUGGCCUUGUGUUUCACACAGCCGUGUACUAACCCUGAUUUUAUGACAAAAGUGAUGGCAAACAAAGUGUGUCUGGAAAAUUGUGUGAUAACGGACAUGGCGAUCACCGGUGUAGUUCGAGUGGCAAACAUUGGAUAUCACAAAUGUGUGCGUGUACGAUACUCAAUAAAUAACUGGGUGACGUUCUAUGACGUCAUGGCGUCGUACGUGCAAAACUCGUGCAGCGGUUCGACGGACCGAUUUUCGUUCACUAUCGUAGCGCCGUCUAGUCUCGGGCCUGGUACUAAUAUAUCGUUUGCAGUGAGUUUCACAGUGAAUGAUGUAGUCUACUGGGAUAGCAAUGAUUCCAAAAACUAUGAAAUUUCAUGUUUCGCUAAAUCUACCCCAACAAACCUCGAAGAGAGUUGGCUGCAUUUUGUAUAGUAUUAUUGUUCUAUGAUUACUUAGGUUUACCUUUGUUUAUGUUUUGAAGUCAAAAAGUAGCUGUUAUGUGAUAUUUGAAAUCGUAAUAACUUUUUUUCUGUGAUUGGUUAAAUCGUCCGUGGAACGACUCUAUUCUGCAUAAUUUUCUUAUUAGAGUUUCAUUAAAACACGCAUUUAAGUCCAUUGCUACUGUGAAUUAGUUAAUCGAUAUAAUAUUGUUUGUUUUUCGGAAUAUUGCCCUAGCCUUGGUUUCUGGGUCGGCGUCGUCGGUAUACCAACAAUUAAACCUUUACUCAAUAACCGAGAAUGAUAUUGAUAUAUAACAUAUAAUGACUGUAACAACUCAUGGCUGAAAUACCUGCAAAGUUACGCCCUUGCUUGUGAAGUUACGCCCCUUGAUGGACGAAGAAAAACCGGACGAGUUGUAGGGCGUUUACAGUGGUACUAGAAAAUCUUCUGUUGGUUACUUAUAAAUGUCAAGAUUAACAUUUUCCCGACAGCUUAGGCUUAUCUCACCGUCAUGUCGGAGUAUGUUUGUACGUGUACAUAUCUAUGUAUGUUGUACCUGGUGUACAGGUGGGCAUAAUAUUGAUGAUUCAUUUCUUGAUACUGUGCAUUUUAUGCAUCGCACACCUGCAUGUUCUGUUUCGCUGAUAGUUCAAGGCUCUAAAUGGUGCAUGAAUUUGUUGUCUGUUAAACAGUAGUAAUAGAAAAAAACAAUUCAUUUUUUUGUAAUAUGAACAUAAAGAGACAUCUUGUGAUCAUGUCAAAUCACAAACCAUUAACAGUUAGUGAAUUCCCAAUCGAUUUAAAAGAGAAUCUUCGUACAUUUUGAUCUAAAUUUAAACUUUCUUCAAUGCUUAUAUUGAUUUUAUAUUAUUUUGUUUUCUUGGACAUUACAAGCAGUAAUGGCAGCCUGAGCAAUUACAAGCAGUAAUAUUUGAUUAUAUGCCUUUUAAAGAAUAUUGAAGACUUUAUUUUCAAGUUUGAUAAGUGAAGUAAAUGAGUGCCAUAUUCAUUAUUUGUUUGUUUUACAUGUUUAUAGCUUUAUUUGCGACCUGCAUAAGUUUCAUUUCUUUAGUUUGUUACAGCUCAUAAAUUGUAGCAACGACCUUGUAGCUUAGUAAUUUAUAUUGUAGCUUUGCACGAUAUCAAGGACGACCUUGAGGAAAAUUGUGGCCGCGGAAAGUCGUACCCAGAUACUUGUCGAAAUAUUUUCCUCAUACUGUUUCUCUCGAAUAAUGAUCAGAGCAUAACUUAAUGCCACAUUUUGCCAAGAAAUUAUAUAUUAUUAUUCCUCUAAUCGUUGUUAAUUAUUAUUAUUUUUUUUACUCGAGAUACGAGUUUUUCCAACUGGUAUUAGAUGGAUGGUAAAUGUUACAAUCAUUUUUGCAAUACUACAAUUAUUCUUAAAAAUACGUAAUUAUUAUUAUUAUUAUUAUUAUUAUUAUUAUUAUUAUUAUUAUUAUUAUUAUUGAUGGUAUCAUUUUAUUACGGUCACUAUUGACUGGUGUAAUUGAUCUGUUUUAUUGAUUUUGUUGCAUCCGAGUGAGGCUUAAGCUGUCCCUAUAAGGGCUGAUGUAAUGCAUAUUAAGCGAAUACUACUGUACUUUAUUUUUAUUUCACAUUUCAAAUGCUCCUUUCUGUAAGAAAAUGUCAAUCUUGGCAAAUAUUGUAAUUUAUUUCAUAAAAUGUAAAGCGUUCUAAGUCUAAGUUCUAACUACCUCACUCUUCCAUUUAGUGACAACCUUUGCACGCAGUACAGGCAUUUCGAAAUCACUUGUUUUUAUCGCUAUAUAAUAAAAACCUUUGAGACGUAUCAUAAUAUACUGUAGAUGCUAACGCUGUGAGGAUCAGUCGUAUUGUUGAGUGUUGAUCGUUUGUCUUUUUCAUCAGAAUUAUCUGCCAUCUGUUUGAUCAUAAAACUGUUCAUUUCUGCGAGUUGAACAUGUAUACCCUAUGAGAAGGACCCUCGCUAGUGAAGCACAAAUUGCAUGAGAUUAAAUGAAAGCUUUAUAGUCGUUCUUUAAGUUCAAGUGGAGUUUAAUUACUACGCCUUUUAUUGUACACUAUUUUAACGUAGUUAAGCUUUUAUGUUUUUGUUAAAUAAAAUUUGUUAUUUUUAUAGUGGUAUUUGUGAUGUGCAGAAUGUGUGUCGCAAUAUUACACAAUACAUCUGUAAAACAG